AUGGAGGAUAUGGCAGUAAGAUGUUUAUACAAUAUCUACUUUAUUUAUAGUAGCGGAAGCCUUUUUCAACUAUUACUUUCAGAGCGGAAACGACGGGCUACGAAACCAUCUAUCGUUGGCACUCGCUUUAUAAUAGGGUGCAGCAGUAGAGGCGAAUCUGAGGAUAAUAUGCUGGCUCUAUGUUCAUGUUGGGCAUGGAGGCAGCUUCCGGAGGACUACUUUCCUCGCCUCAUCAAUGAACUCACUUGUAAAGAGGACGAUUUUUGCUUAUCAGGAUGGGGAGAAUGUCAACAGCAAUACCGAAACGUCGAGGUACUGCGUCGAGUUGGAGGGCAAUGGCAAAGUGCUGCUCUUUCUGUGGCCACCUGUUGCGAUUGUCGUGUACGUGCCGGCACGGAAAUUCACGCCCUCGUCGUCGGCGACAAAAAGUGA